AUGUUGAAUAAUUCUACUCUCAACUCUACUCGUCCUGGUAUUCCUGUUCCUUACUACGGCAAGAUACCAUGGACUGUGGCCCUUUCUCUUGAAUUUGUUGUGGCCAUGAUGGGAAACUUCCUUAUAGUGUGGAUAGUCUUUAGGGACAGUCGGUUGAGAAGCACCACGAAUUGUUUGAUAACCAACAUGGCGGUCAGUGAUCUUAUUGCAGCUCUCUUGUUCUUUCCAUGGACACUGGUGCCCCUUAAGUUUGACAAGCAAUGGCUGAUUGGUGAGGUCAUUGGUAAUGUACUGUGCAAGCUAACUCCAUUUACAAUAGAUAUGUCUUUCGGUGUCUCUGCUUUUAGCUGUGUUGCCAUUGCCAUUGACCGGUAUUUUGCCGUAGCCUAUCCAUUCAAGAGACCGUUUCAGGGCAAGAUGAAAAAGGUCAUUGCAGUAAUUUGGAUUGUUGCAGUCGUAAUCUGUUUGCCAAUCUUGUACUUUGUCACCACACGUCAUAAUGGCAACUUUGUGUAUUGUGUUGUACUUGGCAAGAACUGGUCAUCAUACCUGUCUUACUAUUAUACAUUGCAAGGUUUGACCAGUAUUUUGCCAGUGCUGUUCAUGACAAUCACCUACACACUCACCAUCUGCAAACUUUACCAUCGCAAAGUACCCGGAUUGCAAACAUCACAACAAAGAAGAAGAAAGCAGCAGAAUAAAAAAGUGUUAAAACAUGCUGUGACAAUUGUGGUUUUGCUUUAUCUUUGUCGCGGGUUUUGGUUCACUUUUAUAAUGUUGGCUAAUCAAGGAAAGUUGGGCCAUCUCUCGUUCUCAUCGUAUAAGAAUUUGAUGUAUGCCUCAGAUUUCAUUUUAUACCUCAGUCUUAUGUAUAACUUCUUCAUCUACCUCAUCUUCAAUGAUAUUUACCGUGAGAAUAUCAAAGCUCUGAUACCCAAGUGUUGCUGUCGAUACGAUGCUAACAUGAGRCAGGAAAGACCAGGUGKAVGGGAAAUGAUAGAAAUGAACGAACUGAAUUAA